UUGCACUAUAGCUAGUAUUCAGAUUUGUUAAAGUUACGAGUUUGUUUUGAGUCAUAAAGGAUGAUUGCGGUCCAGAAUAUUGGGACCAGAUCCCCAGCAAGGAUCAGGAGACAGUGGGUGAAAAGGGUUCUGUGGGGGGUCCUCUUUGGGCUGAUGGUCCUUAUCUAUGGCUCUCAUGCCCCACUCAUCACCCUCACCAAGGUGGAUGGUCAAGUCCCUUUCAACCCAUCAUCAUGUGUUUUCAUGAUUGAAUUAUCCAAACUCCUGGUUUCUCUGGCCUCUCUUGUUCUAACUGAGGGUACAUCCGCCUUACAAGCUCCUCCACCUCUCCUCCGUGUGGCCCCCUACGCAGUCCCUGCCCUCCUCUACGCCCUCAACAACAACCUAGUGGUUCUCAUGCAGGCCUACAUGGACCCAAGCUCAUACCAGGUCCUUUCUAACCUGAAAAUUGCCUCCACCGCCCUGCUGUACUCCUUCUGCCUGGGCAAGAGGCUCCGUCCUUCUCAGUGGUUAGCUCUGGGGCUUCUCAUGUGCGCAGGGGUGUGCCACAGCUACAGCAGUCUGGAUCUAGGAGACCCCGGGAGGGUUGAAGCGGAGGAAGGUCCCAGGAUUCAUAUCACAGCUUGGGGGCUUUUCCUUGUGCUGGUGUACUGCUGUGUUUCAGGGCUGGCAGCAGUUUACACAGAGAGGGUCCUGAAGAGCCAGAAGCUGCCCCUCAGCCUGCAGAAUAUCUACCUCUAUGUGUUUGGUGUGGCCAUCAAUGGGCUCUCCUCCUUCUCCUUUAUAACAGGGGAGAAGAGCUUUCUGGAGGGAUACUCUGGGGUGGUUUGGGUUAUUAUAGUGGGGCAGGCAGCCAACGGACUCCUCAUGUCUGUGGUGCUGAAGCACGGCAGCGGGAUCACCAGACUGUUCGUCAUUUCCUGCUCCAUAAUGGUGAAUGCUCUGCUGUCUUGGGCCAUGUUAGGGCUGCAGCUCACGCCUUUCUUCCUCCUACCUGUUUCUAUGAUUGGACUGGCAGCUUACCUUUACUACAGAUAGUAAAUAACUGAACCACAAGGCUCAUUGAACUCAUGACAGUCUACCUGUACCUGCUAGUUUUUCAGAUGGGAUUUGUUUUCUGCCUUAUAUCUAUCUGCCUUCUGAAAUCCAGAAUCCAACACAUAACCAUAAACCAAAUAAGUGAACAUUUAUUUCAGCUGAGCUCUUAUUCCACAGUUUGCAUCAUAUUUUAAAAUGUAUCAUGUCAUACUGAUGUAAGUCCAUUGAAAUAAUAAUGCAAGUUUGGGGUAUAAUAUCUUCAGUUCAACAUUUCUGAAGAGUGCUGCUAUGUCUAUUUGUAUUUCGUUCUCUGGCCAGAACACUGUCAAAGAUAAUGUCAUGGUGUUAUAAAGUGUGUUAAUAAAUAACAUUGUUUC